AUGAGAAGAAGCAGGACUUACUUAUCAAGAUGUCCAGGAAUGAUUCAAUCAUUAAUUAAUCAGGGUUACCAACUUGCUGAUAGUUUAUUAUCAGUCUAUCUCCGUGGCAAAGGCUGUCAACCAGCUGAGGCUAUUCUUAAUCGAGAAGAAACUAGAAAAUUAAAAGUCAAUAACUUAGACUUAACAAAUUAUCCUAAUUUAGAGAAAGUUACUAUUGAUAGUAAAUAUGUAAAUGGAUAUUCAUGUUAUUUAAAAACUCCCCUAACUAAUCUAAUUCUUCCAGAGAAUUCUUUGCUAAAGGAAAUUGAUUGUUCGCGUAAUAAUCUCACUAACUUAGUAAUUAAUCAGCAACCCUACCUAACUUAUUUAGCCUGUGAAGGUAAUGAAAACUUAACUAACCUCACCGUCACUAAUAAUCCUAGUUUAACUGAACUUUAUUGCUCUAAUUGUCAACUAACUAAUACUAAUUUUAUUUUGGCUAAUAAUCCUCAGUUAACAAUCCUAAAUUGCUCCAAUAAUCAAUUAACUAAUCUCAACUUUUUUACUCAGUUAACUAGUUUAAAAAAACUUCUUUUAAGAGAUAAUCCCUUGACUGGUAGUUUAGCAUCUUUACAAAACUGUCAGCAGUUAAAUUAUUUAAGUAUUAGCAAUACUAACCUAAAUAGUGGUUUAGAAUAUUUACCCAAGAGUUUAGAAAGGCUUGAAUGUGACGGUGAAUUAGCUAAACAAUUAAAAGGUUAUGAGAAAGAAAAAUAUGUUCAAGAAAUAAUGGAAUUAGAAAAUAGUCUAAAUAAUUUAAGUUUAGCCCUAGUUAAUUCCCAUGUCCAAAAUCAAACUAUUAAUCAAGGUUUAGCAAUUUUUAUCUUUGAAACAGAAGAAAAAAUUAAAGAGUUAAGCAAGCAAAAUCAAGAGUAUUAUGAAGCCAAGAUUGAACAACUUCCUUAUCCUUCUACUAAAUGUCAAUACUAG